AUGAUAAUUUAUCGUAGUAUAAUAAGAAUAUUUUAUGUUUUCAGCUUACAUUUCGCUCUUGCAAUGACAAAGGAAGAACAGGCUAUUAAAGUUAAUGGUGAGGCAUUAGCAAAAUUAGCAAAUGAAACAAUUUUAGGUGUACAAAAUAUGGUACCAAAAGUUAUUGAAUGGCUUAAUGGAAUGCUGGGUGGUAAGGUGGGGAAUUCUAGUGGGGUAUAUGAGAGUGUUUGGCAGAAUCCCAAGGUAAUCAUUCCAGUUAUAGCUUUUUUUCUUUUUGUACUUUUUGGUACUGCUUUCAUUAUUAUGGCUAAGUAUGUUUUACGCAAGAAGAAAUCUAAUAAACACAAAAAGGGUUCGGAACGAAUUUCAAAGUAUGAUUCUGCGGCACAACCACAAGAAGAGGAAGCAAUUGCCGAACCUUUUAUGCCACAAUUAAUAAAUCAAGUUCCAGUGUUAUAUCCAUCAAUGUAUCCAACUCCAAUGGUGCACCCUCAAAUGCUCCAACAGCAAAUGAUGCAUCAACGAAUAUCCCAACCAUUGUUGGUACAUGGACAAAUGCCACAAUAUCAGUUUCAACCACAACAAAUGCGAGAGCAAAGUGAACACCAACAAAUGCAGCAAGAACAAUAUGAACAAGAACAGUAUAAACAGAAAAGAUUUUUACAAGAGCAGUUGUUACAGGAACAACUGCAGGAAGAACAAUAUGAUGAUGAAAAAAUUGAACAGGAAAGGAUGGAACAAGAACGGUGGCAAGAGGAACAGUUGUCUAAAGAAAGAAUGCGACAAGAACGAUGGUUACAAGAACAAUUGCUGAGAGAACAAUAUGAACAAGAUCAAUGUGGUCAAGAACAAAUGCAGAAGAGUGAAAAAAAGGGAAUAGGAAAAACAAGAGGACGAAAAGAAAAAUAUGAUAGUAAUAGAGAAAAUGAAGGAUAUAAAAGAAUGUGCAGAAAAGAAAAAGGAGAAAGUAGGGAAGGAAAGGAUAAAAAAGAAACAGAAGGGAAUGUAAUAAGAAAUGAAAGAAAGGGAAGUACUGAAAAUAAUGAAAGGGAGAGAAAAUACAAAGAUCGUUCAAAAUAUGAACAUGUUGAUUUAAAUAACAGUGCACAUUAUAUAGGAUAUAGCCCCAUACAAAAAUAG